AUGGAACCUUCUUCAUCCUCAAUAGCCCUCAGAUCCAUUCUACCCCGUCCAACAGUAACGCCCGCCAACCCAUCGGCACCAAGAUCCACCAGCGACUUGGCAAUUCCGCGGAAAACAAAGGUCAUCUCAGCCUGUCAACCCUGCAAACAGAAAAAGAUAAGAUGCGACGGUGACCGCCCCAAAUGCGGGCCUUGCAUGUCAAAAGGCCGGAGCUGCGAGUACACGCUACAGGGCAACAAAGCAGAGAUCCUCAUAACCCGUCAGCAAGCUCUGCAGGAAAAUGUUGAAUCGUUCGUGGCGCUGUAUCGUUAUCUUCAGGAACGGCCUGCGGAUGAAGCCGAAGGUCUGUAUGAGCGGAUACGCCAGGGCUACGGCAUUGAAGCCGCCCUGGGGUUUGUGAAAAGCCAGGGUAGGGAUCCUGCUUCCGAUCCACCGAGUGCCCGGGUGAGAUGGAGCCAACAGAUCUACGACUGCAAUCUGCUCUUUGAAAACGAGCUCUUGUCAACCGAGACCUCGGACGUGGCCAUUCAAGCCUUGCGAGAUGGUAUCGGGUGUUUCUUCUUGUACAUGGGUAACAUGUUCCCAAUCUACACGAGGAAGGAAGCCAGUUCGAUUCUUGACACCUUUCAAGAAGCAAAGCCAGAUCAGGUUGUCAGCAGAAAGGUUGCUUACGGCGAAUUACUGGCAAUUUGUGCAUUGGGGUUCCAGUAUGAUCGACAGACUCUACCGAACGGUAAUGCAUCCGUUUGCACACCGUUCUACCAGAAAGCUCGGCUGUUUCUCGAUUACGUCGUGGAGCAGGCUCCUCUGCGGGCGAUGCGGAUAUGCUGUUGUUUAGGGAUCUAUAAUGUUAUCGCCAAGUCAUCGUUGGCAAUCUCUUAUACAGACUGGGGUAUCCUGCUUGGAUCCUCAAGCGGAUUAACUGUUGGAAAAAAGCCGCCGGGUCUGCCAGAACAAGACUUCAACGGAUAUAUCAAGACUUUUGCGGUGCUUAUCACGAUACGAAGUUGGGUUACAGCUACUCUUGGGCAUAUUCCUAGCCCAGAGGUCUCUCGAUGCAUUCACGAAACAAGGGAGCUGAUCGACAACACCGGCGUUCUUGAUUCAGCGGCCGAGGACCCUGUCCUCGGUGUUUUACAACAGAAGAUGGCGCAAAUCACAGUCCUCAAGGCCAACAUCGUCCAAACCGUCGCUUCCUUUAGAGUCUUGUCGCCUGCGAUUCUCCGACAAAUGCAUCAAGACCUCGAGUCAUGGCAAUCAAGUCUCCCUGGUUACAUGCGCCUCGAGGCCUUGGUCCAUGCACCAGAGGUAUCUCCUGACCAGCGGCGGGUGACGUUUUACAUGCACCUUUUCCACAUGUCCGCCUUCAUGCUCAAGACUCGGGCUGUGCUUGCGACCCAAAAGGAUAUAGCGGCGUGUAGCGGGGAUCCAGAAGCCAAGGCUGCUAUAUUCGAAGGCAUACAGGCUGCUCGAAACUCGGUUUCGCUUCUUGGUCUGAUCCACGAAGAGAAGGCUGUGGUGAAGAACUGCUGGCUGACCAUGUAUCAAUGCUAUGUCGCCUUCUUGAUGCUGAACUUUAUUGCCAUUAGAAAAUUCGUUGUCGGGGGCACUACAACUUUCAGGCGUCAAGAUGUGACUCUCUCAAAAACAUGCGUCGAAAUCCUUGCGUUGUGUGCUACAAAAGACAGGAUAGCGCGAAGCUUCUACACACGAGUCACGAAAUAUCAAGACAUCAUAAAUGAAUAUUUACCCGAGUCCCAACAAGACACGUCAGCGGAUCCUGGUUCCCACGAAGAUGGACCAUUAGACGACGACUUGUACCUAUUCAUCGAGUCUAGCGGCGACUCCAGACUUCACUACCUGAUGUUUGAGCUACGGGAGCUACUUUGCUAUCCUCUUACACUCCUGAAAGCAGGUUCUGAGGCUAGUAUGCCGUAUCCUACUAUCGUUGAAGCAUCUGUCAAUGCUGAUAUUAACUUUGCGCAUCACCUCGCCUCACCAUUUAAUAUGGCCGAGGAUGAGAUCCCAAGUGGCCUGUUUCCGUUGGAGGAUAGUCUCAAAGAAAGGCAUGAAAAUGACGCGGGGAGGGAGGGUUAUCUAACUGGCUCUGUGCCUUUUGGAUGGGAUGUCUCUGCGUGGAGAAGAGAUCCUGGAGUUGGAAGCCCGGACAAUACUUAA